AUGUUAAACUUAUAGUUUGAAAAUUAAAAUACUUAAGAUAGUAUUCCUCCUAAAAUCAGGAAAAAAAGGUAUUGAUUCAAAUUAAAUAGAUUUUUGGCAACACCUUCUCCCUUAACAAUAAUAGCAUUAAAUUUGAACGAUAAUUGUGAAAGUUUCAAAGGAGAAGUUGAGCAUCAAAAAAGAAUAAAAAUAAAACCAAUCUUAAUUAUCAGAUUUUUGGAAUAGAAAAUUGAGGAACCAUUUUGA